UGCGACAUGUCAACUUAUCAGGUAGUUUUAACCGCCGUUUUGAAGGUUUUCAAAUUAACUUCAAGAUUAUUUUUAUAAAUAUGCAGUGGGUUUUUUACGUAUGAACGGCACUUCCUACGUGACGCGUGUCAUGAGUUAAUGAAGAAAGUUGGCCCCUAUGAGGAAAAAGCUACGAACAUGUAGGGGAAGGGGGGGGGGGGGCAUAAUGGUGACGCGGGACACGACGGGGCCAUCAACAUAUCUGAAUCUAGAUAACUACGCACACGUGUGUGUCACCGCCCACAGCCGACCAUGUUGCAUCACUCUUCAAUCUGACAGUAUCCGGCGACUUGGCUGCGCGCGCUUUUGUUUUAUAACCUAUAAUUGUUUUCGAUGAAAAAUGGUACGUACGUACAAAAAGAAAAGUUCCAGAGGCAGUUGGUCUAAAGAAAGCAUGAAACAAGCAAUUGUUGCAGUUUUGAGCAAAACAAUGGGCUACAGAAAAGCAUCUCAACUCUACGGUGUUCCACAAACUACAUUGGAGCGUUAUGUCGUCAAAACACGAAAGAGCGAGGUGUCCCUCAACUCCACUCCAGGUAACUUUAAACCCGUAUUUUCCAAAAAAGAAGAAGAUGAGCUCGUGAGGUAUAUUAAAGAAAUGAAGAAACGUCUGUUCGGAUUAACCACUGUCGUCCUACGAAAGCUGGCUUAUCAGUUGGCGGAGAAAAAUUCUAAAGCUCAUAAUUUUAACCAUGAUAAAAUGAUGGCUGGCGUAGAUUGGUUGAAAGGAUUCAUGAAACGUCAUCCAGAUUUAUCCAUCCGCAAACCAGCAGCCACAUCAGCAGCUCGGGCAAUGGGGUUCAAUAAAGUGGCAGUGGAUAAAUUUUAUUCUUUGCUCGGGGAAAUAUAUGAUAAAUAUAAUCCAGAUAGGAUAUAUAAUUGUGAUGAGACUCGCAUAUCAUGUGUCUCCAAAACAAAGAGCAAAAUAAUUGCAGAAAAGGGAAGGAAACAGGUAGGCUCACUUCUUCAGCAGAACGAGGGCAGACGGUCACCGUUGAAAUAUGUUUUAAUGCAGCUGGAACUUACAUGCCUCCCAUGCUGAUAUUUCCUCGACAGGGAAUGAAGCAGGAGUUAUUGGAUCACGCUCCUCCAGGAACGACGGCAGAAUGCAAUGCUCGAGGCUGGAUGACUACUGAGACAUUUAUGACGUGGUUCCAACGGUUCGUCAAGUUUUCUGGUGCGUCAAUAACUAACCCGGUCUUGCUGCUUCUAGAUGGUCAUGUAACGCACACACAAAGCUUUGAGGUUAUUGACAGUGCACGUAAGAAUGGAGUUGUAAUGCUUUGCUUUCCCCCUCACUGCACCCACAGGCUCCAACCUUUGGAUGUUGGAUUUAUGAAACCUCUGAGUGUAUAAUAUUAUGACCAAGCUUGUUCUAACUGGUUAAGGUCGCAUCCGGGGCGAAUAAUAACAACUUUUCAAAUAAGCGAAAUCUUUGCACAGGCAUAUAUUCAAGCUGCAACAAUGGCUACAGCGAUCAAUGCAUUCAAAAAAUGUGGCAUAUGGCCAUUCAAUCAAAGCAACUUCACAGAAUCAGAUUUUUUAGUUGCAUCAACAACAGACGUACUGCUGAGAAAUAGCGAGCCUGAGACAGGUGCUUCAUCUGCUGAAAUCCAGCAAUAUCCAGCGCUUUCCCUUAAAGAGCACCCACUUGAACAAGUUUUGCCUCUAGCUACGCCACCACAUCAGAAAACUCCUAUGCGAAGUCCGCAGCCUGGACCAUAUAUACGAAACGAAGACAGUGUGAUCCGAUCUCCAAUUCGAAGAGUAUGUCGUGACUUAACAACUUCCUUUGAAAAUGCUUCUCCCAAGGACAUUCUCGCGAACCCAACAGUCGAACAAAGAAACCAAAGGAGGAAAAAUUAUCGCAGAGGGAAAACUGUUGUUCUCACUUCAACCCCCUGCAAAAAUGAGUUGAAAGAACGUGAAAAUCUUAAAUAGACGAAGAAGUGUCCAAAUCCUAAUGAUCCCCAUUUAAAGAGAAAUGCGAAGAAACAGAAGAAGAAGGACGUAGACAAAGUGGACGAGGAUAUCUUAUGCCUCUAUUGCGUUGACGAGAACCAUAGUUACUUGAAGUCUGCAGAGAAUUGGGUGGCCUGCUAGCUGUGUGAACGUUGGUCUCAUACAGCCUGUGCUGGAAUUGACCACAAAAAUUCGAAAGAAAUCCAUAUCUACUUAUACUGUGAAGCAAUAUAACUAUGUACCCUGUACUGCCCCUACCGUGGGGCACAAUGGGGAUUUAAUAAGGAUUUCGUAGAAUUGAAUUUAAGGAUACUAUUUGAUUAGUUACUUUACGAAAGUCUGU